CUAUCGUCAUUGCAACAACUACUGAAACACUGAUAAACCUGCUCAGCUCCCAUUGACUCGGCCAUAGUUUCCUCCUUUUCUUCAAAAUAGAUCAGACUCACAAUGUUCGCCCGUCACUGCUCGCGCCUCGUCGCCUCGCGGACCGCCCGGCCGCUGUCCGCCCACCUGCGAGCAUACAGCUCCGCAACCUCGGCAUACGAGCACAUCCUCACCUCGACACCCAAGCCGGGCGUGGGACAAAUCACGCUCAACCGCCCAAAAGCCCUGAACGCGCUCUCCAGCCCGCUCUUCCGCGAACUCAACGAUGCGUUGACCAAAUACGACGAAGACAAGGACAUUGGCGCGAUCAUUAUCACAGGCAGUGAGAAGGCCUUUGCAGCCGGCGCCGACAUCAAAGAAAUGGCGCCCCUAACCUUCUCAGCGGCAUACACAAACAACUUCAUCGCGCCCUGGUCUCACCUAGCGACCAGCAUCCGCAAGCCCGUGAUCGCAGCGGUGGCGGGCUACGCGCUGGGGGGCGGAUGCGAGCUGGCGCUGAUGUGCGACAUCAUCUACUGCACGGCGACGGCGACCUUCGGACAGCCCGAGAUCCGGCUCGGGGUGGUGCCGGGCGCGGGCGGGUCGCAGCGCCUCACGCGCGCUGUCGGAAAGAGCAAGGCCAUGGAGCUGAUCCUCACGGGGCAGAACUUCAGCGGCCGCGAGGCUGGCCAGUGGGGUGUUGCUGCCAAGGUCGUUGACGGCGGGUUGGAAGAACUGCUGGCUGAGGCCGUUAAGACCGCUGAGACGAUCGCCGGGCACUCGCGCGUGGCUGUCGUGGCGGGUAAGGAGGUCGUCAAUAAGAGUCAGGAGCUGUCGUUGAGGGAAGGUGUCGAGUAUGAGAGGAGGUUGUUUCAUGGGUUGUUUGGAAGUCAGGAUCAGAAGAUUGGUAUGAAGGCUUUUGCUGAGAAGAAGAAACCGGAAUGGUCGAAUGAGUAAACACAGGUUUGUAGAGUGAUCGCUGCUUCGAAGUUGGAGGGAGGUAGCAAUGUCUGCAGUGACAUGGGUCCUGUCGGCACAUGAGUAAUAGUAACAAACACCCCAAUUGAAUCAUUAAUCGUGUCGUAUUCAUGAUCG